UGCUGGGACCGUUCGGUCGUGUUUUCUGAAAUCGCUUCUUCCUCCGACCUGCGGUUGAGUGUUUCAAGCACUCAUUUUUUUGUACUGUUUCACUAUCAACUGCUCCUCGUGCUGUUAUUCUAUUUUUUUUCUUUUUCUUUUUGCUCCUUGUGUGUGCUGAUCCCUUCUCUUAUCAGUGAGCAUAUCUUGCGUCGAGUGUUUGCGUGUACUGCCAGUGUCUGUUUGCAUUCCUUUAUCAGAAACUUUUGUCCUUCUGUUCCUUUUUUCGGUCGCAGCUUGUUUUUGUGUAAGGUUCAUCAGUUUUGUGUUUAGAGUUUAGUGCCCGAAGAAAAGAGCUAUCAUUCUUUGAAGAUACUACCCCCCACUGCUAGUUGCAACCGUCAAAAAAGUGAACAAUUAACUGGCCUAUUGUUCGGAAAAGCAGGAAAAACCGUAGGACUCGUCAGUGAAUGGAUGCUGUGAUUUUACUCUCCCCGCGUUCGUUCAGAAUUGAGUGUGGUUCAGUGGGAUGGGGAGGCAUUGAUUGGAAAUUUGACCGAGUGCUGUUAAAGCGAAUGUAGAUCGUUCAGUGCAAACACCAAAAUCAGUGAAUGCUAGGGAAAGCGAUGAAAUUACUAAAUCGAGUGGUUUUAUGAAUAAUGUGCAGCUAUAAAUCCCGUCAACGUGAUACACUUGUAGCAAUGAAGAAGAAAUAAUCCACUACUGUAGUUGAGUGCAUGCAUACCUACUCAAGGUGCAAUCGAAUGUUUCUAGCCCAGGGAUCGACAGCGGAACUGAUAGUGAAUAGUUUAGAAAGGUCGGCAAAUUUGAUAUGAACGUGAGAAAAUUUUAAUCAACGUCACCCUACCAAGAAACAGAGAAAGCAAUCUGCUCUGCAGCCGUCGAAGAAGAGAAGCAAUCAUCAGCGAAAAUUAAAACCAGAUGCAGGAGUAAAAAGGGAUCUUCGGAGCAGAGACCAAAACAAAAAAAAAAGUUGAUUGAAACAAAAUCCCUCGCAAUGUCGUCGAACGGCACGUUGUUGUCCUUGACUGCCCGGAGGCUGUCAUCCCAGCAGCGAGGCGGCAGAAGACUUUUCACUAAUCCUUGGACCGUCACCCGUACGCCAAUGCCGGUCGUCCUCGGUCUUUUGUCGCUGCUUUUUCUAAUCAACGGGCCCUUCUGCCAUGCUUUGGAACUGAAUCAAACGUUAAUUACGCAGAAACAUCAACAACAUCACCAUCAUCACCAUCAUCAUCAGAAGUACUCGAUAGAUGAGCUGCUGGCGACUACGUUUCUUACCAAAAUAUCCAACGAUAUCGACAUGGAUCCCUGCAAAUCAAGUAAAUUCCUGGGAGAUAUCGCACUGCCAAAUAUAGACUACGAAACCGAGUGGCAAAAGCAAAGACUGAACAAAUCACUCCAACAGGAGUUGGAAAAACUCAAACAAGAAGUGUACCACGAAGGCCUACAGGUGGAAGAAGAAGGUCUUACCGAUAUCAUCAGAAAGAAAACGAAGCAACUGACACCCGACCUUCCCACUGGAUCAAAUCAACCUAGCAAAAGCCUGAACGAAGCUUCGGUCUAUGUGUCUGGCGCACAGCCUGUCGAUCAUAAAUCACUUAACCAAAUCUCGCACCGUCAUACCGACAAUGCUAUAAUUGACAGUUACUAUGGUGAAUCGCAGAUAAAAGCAACAAUCAUAGAUAAUAACGAUAACAUCAUCCUGCGAAACACUUCUACCAAUCAAGUGGGAUAUCAAGAGGGAAAGUCAUCUUCAUCCAAUGUCACUCCAUCAUCGUCCAAUGGAAACGACAGCGACAGUAGCUCGACCAUUGCGAAGAAUAAGAAAAAUGCCAAAACGACGGAUUUUCGCAACAUUGACCAAAACCGCAUCCAGUCCGAUACAAAAGACAUCGUUAUCGACGAUUCGAGCGAUAACAUAAUCAGCAAUAAUCAUGUGAGCAGAAAGCUUGCAUCGAGAACACUUUUGACACCACCGACCACAUCGAAACCAGUCCGCACGACCCAGGCUAAUCGCUUUAGCAAUGCCGGAGGCAAUGGGAGAACUUUAGAAGAUGUUCAAGUCCUUAACGGAGAUGGGACCAUAACUGCUCACAAGCGUCACCGCAGGAGACGUUGGCAGGGGAAUGGGCGGAAAAAUAACAGCACCGAUGAGGCGGUAGACAAACCGAGGAAAAAACCACUAGAUGCAAAUUCCGACACGUACAAGGCUCGAGUGGAACGUCUGAAAAGCGACCUGGGCAACCCAACGCUUUCCAUAAACGAUCCCAAUUUAAAACAUUUCAAAAAGGUAAAAACUCACAGCAGCAAAAAGGUCCCCAAAGACAAACAAACUGCAAACCGAAACAAGUCAUCGGCAAAAGAUUGGGACAAGCAUUGGAAAAGCGACUCACGGGUGCAAAAGGACCGCCAUAAGCAAAUCUACAAAGUAAACAGUGGAAACCUAUCCAAGCAUGGCACCGGCGCCGUUAAACAACAAACGUCAACCCGUAUCCUGGACGACAUCAUUAUUGAAGACAAAGUAGAUGGAAACGCGGGCGGAGACGGUCUAAUAAGGGACUCCAAGGGAAAUGUGGUUCAGUCGUCUUUUCUGGAGGCCCACUUGGCUGUCGACGUAGAUGGCGAGAUGCAUUCAUCGCUACCUGUUGAUGAGAGAAGAACCGAUCUACUAUCACCUCACCACCGGGUAACGCGAGCAGCAACGGCCAAAAAGGAGCGCAUCUGGGACUUUGGUGUGAUUCCCUAUGAAAUCGAUGGAAAUUUCAGUGGACUGCAUAAGGCGCUAUUCAAACAGGCGAUGCGCCACUGGGAGAACUACACGUGCAUCAAAUUCGUUGAGCGCAAUCCAAUCGACCAUCCCAACUACAUAGUCUUCACGGAGCGCCAAUGCGGCUGUUGCUCGUUCGUUGGAAAACGUGGCAAUGGACCACAGGCCAUUUCGAUUGGGAAAAACUGUGACAAGUUUGGUAUUGUCGUACACGAAUUGGGGCACGUCGUUGGCUUCUGGCAUGAGCACACCCGGCCGGAUCGCGAAAAUCAUGUCGUCAUCGAGAAGAACAACAUAAUGGUCGGUCAGGAGUACAAUUUCAACAAGUUGACCGAAGACGAGGUGAAUUCGUUAGGACUUCCCUACGACUACGAUUCGAUCAUGCAUUACGCCCGGAAUACCUUCUCCAAGGGAACCUAUCUGGAUACGAUAUUCCCAAUUGAAAUGCCCGGCCGUAAGCGUCCCGAAAUUGGUCAGCGGUUGCGACUCAGCGAAGGAGACAUUUCGCAGGCGAAUUUGCUCUACAAAUGUGCCAAAUGCGGUCGCACGUUCCAGGAAAAUUCGGCUUCGUUUACUUCACCCAGCUACUAUUCGUCGAAUCCACCCAUCGAGCCGGAAAGAUGCGAGUGGCGGAUAACUGCCACGCACGGUGAACGAAUCGUGCUCAACAUCACCGAUCUGGACAUUUUCAAAUCGAACAACUGCCGCUCGGAUUAUCUGGAAAUACGCGACGGCUACUGGCACAAGUCACCGAUUUUGGGCAAAUUCUGCGGCUCCGGCAAAGUGAACGAUCUGAUCAAAUCAACAGGUAGCCGAAUGUUGCUCACCUACACAACCACGUUCCGGCAGAACAACAUGCGAGGAUUUGCUGCCAGCUACGAGGCGGUCUGCGGUGGCAAUGUCAAUUUGGAAAGUGGAGGACGGCUCGAAUCACCCAACUACCCCAUGGACUAUCUGCCGAACAAAGAGUGCAUCUGGAAAAUCACCGUUCCGAAGGACUAUCAGGUGGCACUUAAAUUUCAAUCAUUCGAGGUGGAAAACCACGACAACUGUGUGUACGACUACGUUGAGGUGCGGGACGGUGAUUCAAUAGAUUCCCGCGUCAUUGGAGUAUUUUGUGGGUACAAGAUUCCACCGGAUAUGAGGUCAUCCACAAACAAAAUGUUUGUCAAGUUUGUAUCGGACGGAUCGGUGCAGAAGGCGGGCUUUUCAGCAACCUUCAUGAAGGAAGUGGAUGAGUGCGAACGAAUGGACCACGGAUGUGAACACGAGUGUAUUAAUACCCUCGGCGGGUACGAGUGCGCUUGCUACAUCGGAUAUGAACUGCACAGCGAUAAGAAGUCGUGUGAAAAUGCAUGUGGAGGAACUCUGAAGCAACUUAACGGAACAAUCCUUUCACCAUCUUUCCCGAACGAGUACCCCAUCCUGAAGGAAUGCGUUUGGGAAAUCAUUGCCCCGCCACAGCACAAGAUCACUCUAAACUUUACUCACUUUGACCUGGAGGGCAACACCUUCUACCAAGCAUCGGAAUGCGAAUACGACUCCGUUGCGGUUUACUCCAAACUGAACGAGGACAACGUGAAUAAGCAUGGAGUUUACUGCGGCACCAAACUACCCGGAAUUAUAACCUCCGUCGGCAACACGCUGCGCGUGGAGUUCAAGUCGGACAAAACUAUCCAGAAGACUGGAUUUGCUGCAAUAUUCUCUACCGACGUGGACGAAUGCGCAGUCAACAAUGGUGGAUGUCAACACGAAUGCAAAAAUACGCUAGGUUCGUACGUAUGUUCGUGUCACAAUGGGUACACCAUGCAGGACAAUGGCCACGAUUGUAAGGAGGGAGGUUGCAAGUAUGAGGUGUCUUCACCAAAUGGACAGAUCUUCAGUCCUAACUAUCCGGACUACUAUCCACCAAAGAAGGAUUGCGUAUGGCACUUUACAACAACCCCAGGACAUCGUAUCCGAUUGGUGUUCAACGUAUUCGACAUCGAGCCUCACCAAGAAUGUGCCUAUGAUCACAUUGUAAUCUACGACGGCGACUCACCGGAAAGCUACGCUCUGGGACGCUUCUGUGGAGCAAAGGUGCCUCACCCACUGUCAUCAACAUCCAACGAAAUGUACAUGGCCUUCAACACCGAUACCAGUGUCCAGCGGAAAGGUUUCUUCGCCAGCCAUUCCACGGCAUGUGGUGGUCAUCUGAGAGCAACUAAUAAGGUGAAGCACAUCUAUUCCCAUGCCAAGUUUGGGACGGGAAUGUACGACAACGGUGCCGAUUGCGAGUGGUCGAUUGAAGCGGACAGCAAUAAGAACGUGCAGCUCAAGUUCCUGACAUUUGACGUCGAGGAGGAACGGGUGUGUUCGUACGAUUUCGUUGAAGUGUACGGAGGCCUUGAUGACUCCAGUGGUCCACUGCACGGAAAGUACUGCGGAAAUAGCAAUCCUCCGGAGAUUGUUUCAAUGAACCAAGCACUUCUGGUUCGGUUCCGUUCCGAUGAUACGGUCGGAUUCAAGGGUUUCUCCGCAUCGUACGUUGCGAUCAACCCUUUUGGGAAAGGCCAAUCGGAGGACGACGAGAUCGUGGACAGCGCCGAGAUAACGCCCUUUCCAGGGUCGCUCAAGAACACCGUCAUCAAGGCGGACGAAGACGCGGACGAGGACGAGGACGACGACUACGAAAUUUACGUCCACCAUCGGCAUCUGAACCCGAAAGUGCGCAUCUCGGUGCGCAACGAGAUACGAUCCUCCCAAGCGAUCGACUGAAAUAGGCCUAGACGCGUCGGCAUGCGACGCAAAACCAAAUAGCGUGUGCAGUCACGGCGGUUGCGUACGUGACAGAUGGAAGUGACUGUGAUGCCUGAACGUAGUAAGCGGAAGUAUUUCAAAAAGUUAAGAAAGGCCUACUGACGUUGCGACGUUACAUGUUGGGUUGGGAAACGAAAUGUCGGAAGGAGUCAAUAAAAAAAAACAUAGUAGGCAGAAGAUUCUAAAUUCCAUGACACAACUUUUGUUGUCAAAUAUUAAACCUCCUAUCCAUAACAUUUUGAAAUAUUUCCGCUUACUCAAUCUUUACGAAUUGUGCAUCAUUUGCAGUGUUCGGAAAAUCAUUCUCAAAUCUCAUUCAUUGAGCCCAAAAGCCGCGCUUGAUAUUCUCAUUUAUUUUCACGCACUCACACUUACAUCACCAACAAUUCAUUCCAAGAUAAAGCUCAUAAAAACCUCUCAAACGUCAAUUGUAUGUUUUAUUAGUCAUCAAAAAUGCAAAAAUAUCAAGAAUAAUGAAAAAUGUCAAAAUAUAUAGCUAUUGUUAACCAUGAAUCUCAUCUGUGAUUAUUGCGUUGUUGAAUUUUGCAAGGCAAAACUCGUAGGCGAAUAAACUCUUGUAUGAUUUUUGAGUUUUUGAGUUUUUCCGAACACUGCAUUUGCAAAUUUAAAUGACACGUGUUAUUUGGCCCUUCAGUAUCCGUUUGAUUUUGGAAGCACAUUCACAAAUUCCAUGUUGUGGGCAUUGAGCUGCAUUCUUCAAAGAAAGGCGUACAUAUCUCAAUUUAACAUUCUGAUUUCAUGUUAGCUGCAGACUAGCUUAUGCAGGCAAAUAUUCGCUGUAUUUGUCAAUUUUUGGCUGUAUAAGCUUCAGUGGAAAUGUAUAUGUAUAAUUUUAUUCGAAAUGCAAAAUUUCCAUACAUAUUAUUAAUGUAACAUUUUGGGUUGUUGCAAUAAAAGGAACGGACACUGUAGCGACUUGAUAAGGUCAAAGAACACUUUUUAUUGCAGUUACAUGGGCUCAGUUUCGUAACGACCAUUCAUGAAUCGCAAAAUGCCCUAGCAGCCAUAUGUUUAAUUUCAAGAUAGACCUUGGAGUUAUAACUACAAAUCAAAUCUUACAAUUUCGAAUAACGAUCAUGAGAAUAUGGAAACUUUAAAAAAUUAUGUUAUCGCAAAAAAAGCAAAAAAAUUCCUCACACAUGAAUGCAAUACGAUGCCAAAUUUGUAGAUACUAGCAGCUUAUCAAUCAAGCAAAACAAAAGACAAAUAAUUUAUUAUUGGUCUAGGCAGCUGUUACCAGUAUCUCCUACUUAUUUUAAACAUUAGCCAUAUCAUUCACAUAGGCUAUAAUCAAAUGAUGCUAGAUUUAGUUUUUCUCAACUGAAUACUUAUUAACUAAAUACGGAAAAACUUGCCAUAAUAGAUAUAUUUAGGUACACUUACAAUUGUUUAAAUGUUAAGAACAAUCUUUCUCUGGAUGAGGCUUAAGAAAUCAUCAAAUAAUUCAAAAACCUUCUCUAAUUUCAAGAUAAGUUCUAGAAGUAUUUGAAUAUUUAAGAAAACGAUAAAAGUAAAGAUUUCCUCCUUUAGCAAUUGUCGGUGGAAUCAAUCAUCUGCUCUUCUGCAUAUCCAAUCGAUCUAAUAGAGUAAUCAAGCAUUAAGUUAAACGAAUCUUUCUCAAUUUGUUUUAUCAAGUACGAGAAUUAUGCUGUAAGCUAUUGAAAGUUCAUAUCAAUUCGUGAAUCUCAAACAAGCGAAUUUGCUAAUAGGAUCCUAAUCUGUUCUCCUCUAGGGAUGAAAAAGAACAUACACACACUCUCACACGUUGUAUCUAUAUGUAUGUUUACUGAAAAUCAAACUAAAGCGAAAAGUGACAAACCACAUUAACUUGGCUUAUCGAAUUGUUAGUUAAGAUUAGAGACUAGGUAAGUAUAAAAUCAAAUCAAAGAAUAAAAAUUUAAAAAAGCGUGUAUGUUCGAACAAUAAAUAUUUUGACAAACAAAGACAGAAAAUCUGAAUAUAUUUAAAGAGCGUCAUGAGUGUAGUUCAAUAAAUUAAUCAUCGAUAGGAAUAGAAAUAAAA